ACUAAUGCUAUAGGUAAUCAAUGUGAAUGGGAAACUGUUGGGCCACAAUUAUUGUAACAUCACAUUCUCACUGAAUCCAGUCACACAUUCUGCCAUUUUGAAGAAAAAUGGGUUGAUUGCUGAUAAUGAUUUCAAAUAUAAACCUCAGAGCACGAACAUUCAAAACUAUGUAUUCAUGAAGAAUCAGCCAACUCAAAAUGACACUGGUUCAUACACAUUGACAGUGACAUCAUCAACUUUUACUCCUGUCAUCUUCCCAUUCACAGUUCUUGUUUCAAAUUCUAUUGUAGUUCCUAAAGAUACCACAGCUACUAUUGUUGGGGCAGUUCUUGGUUCAAUAAUUGCGAUUCUUCUGAUCAUAAUCACAUUUCUUGUUGUUAAACUUUACAGAAACAAGAAACCUAAAACUUCCCACCCAAGAUCUGAGGGAAACACCAACACUGCAGCUGAUGAUUAUGUUGAGUUGAACCAACCAACCAACCGCAGCCAUACAAGCCAACCUGUUGCGAGAUCUCAACAAUCAACAAAUUAUGAGAAUCUGAAGGACAAUGUCAAUGUGACAAGAGAUGAGCAAGGUUAUGCUGAUAUACAAGGUGUGGGGCCAAGUGUUGUAACAACAUCAAACGAUGGAUACGAAACUUUUAUUGGAAGAAAAUACGAGAAUACGGCAGGGUAAUCCUUAUCAAAGUGAAACCCAAUAUGAACACAUGACUUUGUUUAUAUAAACA